UCAGGAAGCAGCUGAUAUCAAAGAUUAUACUGAAACCCUUCAACAGCUUUCGAAAUCCAGAUUUCUUGACUUGUUCGAUCGCAAGUUGGAGUUGGUCUAAUGCUUCUGGUCCAAUUUGGAGGGCCUGAUGCAAUUUCAUCAUAUGCAAGUUCAAUUUUCAAAGCUGCAGGUUACUCUGGUGGUCUUGCAACUACAAUGAUGGCUAUUACUCAGCUUCCGUUUGCCGCUCUUAGUAUGCUUCUAAUGGAUAAAUGUGGACGGCGUCCACUUUUGAUGGUUACUUCCGCUGGAGCAUGCUCAGGAUGCCUUCUUGCAGGACUGGGGUUCCUUUUGAAGGCGCAUUAUCAAGGGGAGGAGCUCACUGCCAUAUUUGUGCUCGCUGGCAUACUGAUAUAUUCUGCAUUUUUUUCAAUGGGCAUGGGUGGUACACCAUGGGUUAUUAUGUCGGAGAUAUUUCCUAUAAACAUAAAGGGCCCAGGUGGAAGUCUUGUGACUUUGGCAAACUGGUUUAGUUCUUGGAUUGUUACCUAUGCUUUUAACUUCGCAUUCGAAUGGAGCUCAGCAGGGGUAUUCUUCAUGUUUGCUAUCAUUUGCUGUUCACUACUUGUAUUUGUUGCAAAGUUGGUGCCUGAGACAAAGGGCCGAACACUAGAAGAAAUUCAAGCAUCGAUGACCUUACUCCAAUAAUAAUAUCCUUUGGGGAAAAUUGUACUGGUCUUACUAUCCUGCAUGUGAUAUAUAUAUUGUUUCAUCAUUGGUGUAAAACAAUUGUACACAGAAAACCUAAAAUUGAUUUUUCCAAGGCGGUGCUGCAGACAGUUAUUUGUUAUAGUUUCAAGGUGAGACCUUCAUGGCUUCAAGGUCACUGCGCAAAAUUUGAAGGCACAGCUUAGGUUUGGGGAUUUACAAAUGCAGCAUUGAACUUUCUUGUACAGCAUCGAGUUAGAGUGGUGUAAGGCUUGACAAACACAGGUUAAUGGAGCAACGAAAGGAGUUAUUUGUUGCGUGUUUCUCGCCUUCUACUUACCUAGAUGAUACUUAUUUUCUUGAGUACAUAAGUUAUUAAUCUUUGUAUAUGUGAUUCAAUUCAAAACAAAAUAAAGAAAUGGUGAAUUAUAGUAAGAUAGUAUUACAUUUAAGAGUUUUAAUAGAGGUCCGCAGAGAUGUAGAAACAGG